AUGUUUGGAAGGGUAGUAAGGAACAACCCCAUUUAUGGGAUUGCUAGAACUUCAAGGUUGUUUUCCACAACCCCAGUGUCAUUCAAUAAUAUUUUGGGUGAUUUAACUAAACCUGAAAAGGAAGAAUUUGACCCAUUGCUUGCAUCCACCAAUAACUCUAAUCUUCCAAGAGAUCAAAUAACAGCUGCAAACGAUAAGGCAUUACAAGAAUUCUAUCAUAAGGAAGCGUUAGAAAACCAAAUUAGAAGCGAUAAAUAUGUAUCUCCAUUGAAAAGAAGAUUAUUCAAUACAAAUGUUGCAACCAAUGGAUUUUUCAAGAAUGAACAAAUUGUUAAGGAUAAAGAAAGUGGUAAAUCAUAUAAAUUGAGUUUGACACCUGAAGAAAUUGAUAUUUUGGAACCUUCUAUAUAUUUGGAAUCAUACAGAAUCAAAUCAUCAACCAAAAAAGCUACUUUAGUGAAUCGUUUUGUUCGAGGUAUGCCACUAUUAACAGCAAUUAACCAAUUACAUUUUAACCCCAAGAAAAUGGCCACUGAAGUGGAGAAACUUUUGAAACAAGGUGUUUCUCAAGCCACUGAAUUAGGAUAUAAUCCUGAAGGAAUGUUUAUCCAAGCUAUCUGGACUGGAAGUGAUGGAAAUUGGGUUAAAAGAUUAGAUUUCAAGGGAAGAGGAAGAAUCGGAUUAAUUAAACAUACUUAUAUUCAUGUUAAGUGCAUAUUAAAAACAGAACAAACAUCAAAGAGACUAGCAUGGGAAAAGGAGCAACGGGAAUUAGCCAACAAACCUAGAAUGUUCUUGAACAAUGAACCGUUGAACUUUUCUGUUAGAGCUCUUUAUAAGUGGUAG